AUGGCUCGUAUCAGCUUGUACAGUGCGUUGGUACCUCAGUUCAGGAACGGCCUCGUGGCCCUCUCUCGCAUUCUAGCCAAGGCCGCCGAACACUACGAUAAUGAGCGCCACGGCGAUAUCACAAAGGCAACUCUCAUUGAGGGCAUGCUGCCGCUGCCUGGCCACGUCCUCCUCGUAUCCAACCGUUUCUGGUCGACAAGGAAAAUAGCGCUGCUUAACGGGGAUCCGAGAUUCCACAUACAGUUCCUUGGAGAGGUAGUCACAAGGGAUAACACGACUCACGACUCACUCUCAUGA